UGUUUAAACCGUGUCUAUUGAGGUCGUCCGCAGCGAGCUUGCCCGCAAAGUUUACUACCGCGAAAGGGUUUUCCUUUGUCCCGAUCCUCGAGGACCUUGCCCUCGUAUUAUGUUUCCGCGCGGGAACCGCGAUCACCCUCGGCUUAUUGAGGAGCCGAACUUUAUUCAGCGUACGGUAUUGCAUCGAAAUUCUCGUGAUUCUCCGAGAUUUUGUGACGGCUAUCCCGCGAAACGAGUGCGCCGAGCGAUUUGAAAAUUUUGAGUGAACUUGUGAAAAAAAAGAGUUUGAACUACGAGAUAUUACCUCAGACAUCUGUUGUGAAUUUUUAAAGUAGGUCGUGCGAACUCUUAGCAUCAUGUCAACCGGCAAACGCUUAGCUAAGCGCUCUAUCAUAGGGACUCGCGUUGCAGCUCUCGGUGAUGAUGGACUCUAUUAUUCGGGCAUGAUACAAGCCGUAAAAACGCCAGCACCAUUUCCGGAAAACAACAACUGUAUCAAUUUGACUCCAAACACCCGUUACACGGUGCGGUUUGACGGUGGCAAAAUGACCCGCGAGUACCGUGACGCUGAGCUCAUUGGGCCCGGCUUUCGUGGGUUGACUGGGGUUUGCCUGAAACCCGGUCAGCGUGUCUUCCUCACGUACAACGGCCGCGAGGUCCGCGCCGACGUACUGGAACACGACCACGACACCGACGAGCUUCGAGUUCAAAUUCAUUCGCCGGCCGCUGAAGUGCCUAUUGAGCUUAGAAAGAGAUUGGAAGAGAUACGAUUGCUAGAGUCACGAAAAUCAGCGAGACUCGCUGAUGUAGACACAGAUUUUGCUAGACUAGCGGAUAUGGCCGGUGACCGACGCCGAGCCUCUGCCAUCAUCGAAGUGCCUGCACAUCACAUGCAAGGGUCAAGAAAAAGAGGUCCCAGUAGUUCUUGCGAUUUAGGCUAUGGGGAGAGGGAUGAUCAGAUGAACGAGUGCAACGCAGCGCUCGUCCUAAUGUCACUCAGCUGCUCACCAAACUCACCUCGACCCAGUGCAUGGGGUGGAAGGUCAUCAGUAUCUCCUGGAGCAAGCAGCAGCUCGGGUUCAUCAUGGAGGUCCGGCACCCCUUCACCUCCACCUGUCUCUUCAUCCUUCAGCGACGAAGGCAUCGCCAUGGACUACGAGGACAUACAUCCGCGCAAAAAGAGGAUAAAUAGCGUCGUAUUCGAGUGCACAUGGAGAGGUUGCGGUCAUACCACUAAUACGUGUUCCUCCAUCGAAGCGCACAUCAGACAAACCCAUUUAGGGCCAAAGAAAGAAGGUGAGAGCGAUCAUGAAGAAGAGUUCUAUUACAAUGAAGUAGCUGCUCGAGCACCGCCGCCCACGCUGUCCCACAGAGACAUGUGCCGACCGCCGCAUGAAGACCCCGACUAUCAGCGACAGCUUGUUGGAUCAUACAGGCAAGGACUGCUGUCAACAAUGCAGAACGGAUCAGCAAGACCUAUAAGUAUUCCUGUGACGCAUUCCUGGUCAAGCUCACACUCACCGAAGCACUUAAAGAUUUCCGGAGUGAGCAGCUCACCAGGCAGCCCUGGCAGACGUCCUCGCUCGGAUAACAAAAAGUGCCGCAAGGUUUACGGUAUGGAUCAACGUGACCUCUGGUGUACUCAAUGCAAAUGGAAGAAAGCGUGUACACGCUUUGGCGAUUAGCGCAUGCGCCGGUCGCACGCCUCUACGCGUGCUAUGAUAAACUAAUGUUUGUGCAGUUUUGAACGUUUUGCUACAGAGUAAUCAACAUUCACUGCCUCGGACUCUAAAUAUAGGGAGAAUAUAUGAAGUAUUUCUCGCGGUUGAGACCGCGUUUAUUCCGUGUGCAGGACGUUAUGAUAUAGGCUAAGCGGAGAAAGUAUAUUAUGAGUUUUUAUUUAAUAUAAACUUAUACGGAGUAAAUAUAUUAUAAUUAUAAUGUUUAAGGGAGACAUAUUUUUUCUCAAAGAAUGUGACUCGUGUAUGACUGCAAAAUAAAUGGACAUUGCCCACGUAUUUUUGUAGAGCGGUAGGUUUGCCUUUGCUUUAGUGACACGCAUACAAAAAUGUGCGUCGCUCUCGGUCGGAGACUGUGAAUAUUAUUGAUAAGAAUAGAGUUAAGGUUAGACUGAAACGAAGCGUCGCAGUGUGAAAACCAUUGUUAUCAUCAUCAGUCGUAUGCGCUUAUCUUUUUUAUUUUUGAUUAAAAACAGUCAUUGAAUAUUGCCGAGUCUUGAUAUAUAAAAAAUAUAAGAACAGCUAAUACAAUUAUUUUAUAAUAACUGAAAUUUAUCAAAAGGUUCUUUACAGAAGUAAUACCAUGAAGAAGUUAUUACUAUGUCAAAAAAAAAAUGCUUAUUUAACUUAAAAUAGAUUCAUAGAGACACUUUCUUUGAAGGAAAAAAUAGUAACUACAAUUUUACAACUAUGUACUUUAAAUGAGUGUUAUAUUCAGAUCAUCAAAAUGAGAAACGAAAAAUGAUAAAUAAUUAUUUAGUAAAGGCUUCGUUAACAUGUGUCAUAAAGAAGUCAGUGAAUCCGUCCACGUCUUCAAAAUGUGUUUAGUCCAGUACCUUGGCCCUGCAGUUCUGGAGUAACAAUGUUUUCACGCUGCCUUCGCUCUUACUGCGCAUCCUUGCGCCAAUACUAAGUCGACUCGGUUAAAAAGCAUUCCAGUCGCAGUAAACUUCAGUGAUAAUUAUCACUAAUUAUAGAUUUCGACUGAAUUAAUAGAUAAUAAUGAAUAAAACAUAAAGUAAUAUGACUUAGUACCGUAAGUUAUCUCAGAUUCGACUAAAAGACUACACAAAUUUAGAAUUAAAUUUUAUAAACAUAUCUGUAUCGUAUACAUUAUUGGCUCUAUCUGAACAAGGAGACAAUACUCAGUGUGGCCUGAGAGCUGCACGACCGCAGCUCACCUGUGCUGAUGCUCGCUGCCGACGAUGCGAUUUGUGAAAGCUCGUAAUCUAGAUGGGGCCAUCGCCAAACGCCAAAACUAUGGUGUGGAUGGAAAUGAAAUGGAUAUGACGAGGAGGUAACAUCAUUGUUUAAAAAUCAUCUUUGUUUUUACCUAGGCAAAUGAUGAAAUUUUGAACAAGAGUAGUGUGAACGAUAUUGAACAAGAAGUUGUGAUAUCUAUACAACGUUGUAUAAAUGUUGUAACUAAGCUAAGGUACCAACUAUAAGCAAUGACGCCCUGAAUGCGAAUUUUAUAAAAAUGACGAAUAUGGCUUUGAAGUCGAUGUCUUAUUAUUAAUCACUCGGAGCUUCAUCUAGAAGACAAAAAUUGUGAUAAAAUAAAGAAACAAGACAAGUACGUAAAGGCGAUUGCGAGAUGCAAUAUUAUUUGUUAAGAAUUAUUAAAUGAUUAUAUUUGUAAAUAGAUAAUUAUAUUGAGAAUUAUAUUUAAUAUAUUCUAUUAAAAUAAAUUUAAGCAAUUUUCGGAUAUGUACAUAAAUAAAGUGUUAUUGCUUUUUACUGUUAAUAAAUGUGAUUGUAAAACUAAAA